UAAAGUAUAGCAGACGUCCCUGCUGAUGCCGUUGAGCUGAAACCUUGGAGUUUGUUUGGAAAGUCGUGGUUACGAUUCUCCACAAACGUGAAAAGUUGUAAAUCAUGAUUGUCGUUGAAUGCAGUUUGUAAAUUCUAACCUCCCUUUCCAAACACAGUACUAACGAACAGUGAUCUUUGGCUGCUCCAUUUUCCUAACCCUAGGCACCACUUCGCGGAAACUCGAAGCUCAAUCUUCUCGGUUUCUUCAACAUUCUCUCUGAGUAAGGUAAAUCCCUCCUUUUCCACAGUCAGAUUUGGUGUUUCAGUGGUAGAAAUUUUCAUAUAUAUGCCUUUGGUUGGCCAUUAUUAGAAGCCAAUGUCUAUGAACAACAACUACAAUUCUAUCAAGCCCCUUGGGGCUUCUUCCUCCGGCUACCCACAUCCUCAAAUCGCGUCGGGCCAGUACCCUCUGUCCCAGGCCCACGCCAUCGUCCAAGCCCAGUUCCAGGCCCAGCUCCAAGCCCACGGGCUUUCCUUCACCCCUAAUGCCAAACGUUUCCCUCCAAAACCCCCUGUUCAUACCACCACGCCGCUCAAACAAACGGAACCCGUGCCCGGGCCUCGGAGGAAGAAGCCCAAGCAAAAUGAGAAACAGCUUCCGGAGAAAGCCUCCGCAAUUCUCCCACAGUCGGUACUCUACACGCAGCUCCUCGACGUAGAGGCGCGUGUGGACGCUGCACUUGCUAGAAAGAAGGUUGACAUUCAAGAAGCAAUGAGAAACCCACCCUGCAUCCAGAAAACCCUUCGAAUUUUCGUGUUCAACACGUUUUCAAACCAGAAUGUGGAUUCUUCCGCACCCACAUGGACUCUUAAGAUUGUUGGAAGGAUUUUGGAAGAUGGUGAAGAAGCUGAACAACCUGGAGUUGUUGCUCACAGGAUGCCACCUUUGUACCCGAAAUUUUCUGCCUUUUUCAAAAGGGUAACUAUUUCCCUCGACAAGAGGCUGUAUCCGGAUAACAAUGUCAUCACAUGGGAGAAUUCGCGGUCAUCUGCUACUCAUGAAGGUUUUGAGGUGAAGAGGAAAGGGGAUAAGGAGUUCUCGGCGCAGAUUCGGUUGGAGAUGAAUUACGUGCCGGAGAAGUUUAUGCUGUCGCCGAUGUUGAGGGAAGUGCUUGGUAUUCAGGUUGACACGCGGGCAAGGAUUGUUUCAGCGAUAUGGCAUUAUGUGAAGGCGAGGAAGUUGCAGAACCAGAAUGAUCCUUCGUACUUUCACUGUGAUCAGGCUCUUCAGAAGGUGUUUGGGGAGGAUAAGGUGAGGUUCUCGAUGGUUUCGCAGAAGAUAUCACAGCAUUUGUUUCCUCCUCAGGUUAUUCUUUUGGAACAUAUGAUCAAGCUCUCGGGGAAUAGUCCGGUCGGGUCUGCUUGUUAUGAUGUGAUGGUUGAUGUUCCUUUUCCCAUUCAGAGGGAAUUGAAUGCUCUGGUGGCCAAUGUGGAGAGGAACAAAGAGAUUGAUGCCUGUGAUGAAUCCAUAUGCGGGAUCAUUAGAAAAAUACACGAGCACCGCAGGAGGCGAGCGUUCUAUGUUGGUUUUAGUCAAUCUCCUCUGGAAUUUAUUAAGGCCUUGGUUGAAUCUCAAAACAAGGAUCUCAAAGUUUUACUCGGAGAAUCUGGUCACAACGCUGAAAUGGAGCGUAAAUCAGAUUUCUUUAAGCAACCGUGGGUUGAGGAUGCUAUUGUUCGUUAUUUGAAUCGCAAACCAGCAGCAGGAAGCAAUGUCCCGGGGAGCACAUGAUGCCUAGAGUUCUAGGUUUGUUCCGGGAAUUUUAGAUGUAGCAAGUCAUUCGUGCUGAUCAUUGUACAUGGCUCGUUUGAGCUCGUGGAAGCUCUGAUUGUUUAAGUUGAUAGGACUGUUUAGUAGUUUCAGUGCUGCAACUUGCCUUGCAAUUCAUAUGUUGUGCAAGCAAUGUCCCUUGACUUGAUAGGUGUACAGCAACUAAUUUCAGACUUAAGUUGUCUUAUGGCAGAUAAUGUAAAACAAGGAAUAGAAAAUAUUGUAUGCAUGUCAUGACUGUUUCUUCGUGUA